AUCUUUCUUUUCUCUUUUGUUUAGAUUACACUAGAGAAUGAAGUUUUCUCAUCAAAUUCAGUUUAAUGCGGUACCUGACUGGGCCGACUAUUAUCUUCCGUAUUCCAACCUCAAAAAACUAAUUUAUUCUAUUGAAAAAGAGCGAAUAGCUAGUAAAGGAGGGCGCGCUUCUUAUGAUAUUGAACAUGGUGGAGAGGCUAGUGAAAAUACGGCUCUUAUCAGUGACAAUCCUGUAGAAGUAGAAAACCAACAGUUUGUAAACGCACUCAACAAGUCUCUUGACAAGAUUGUCAAGUUUUAUUCUAAAAAGGAAACAGAGCUCUAUGAUGAAAUGAAUGAGCUCUUGACAAGGUUUGAAAGCCUCGAUCACAUUGAAACAAGUGCUCCAUCACAUACUCGCCGCGUCAGUGGUCAGAGUGACCAUUUUCAAGAACAGGAAUAUGGAAGGAUAAGAAGUAACACGAAUCAAUUACCACGAAGAGAGUCUAAUGUGGAAGGUGAUAGUUUUUUACCUCCUAACAUUAUCUCCAAAAACGUCUCAGACAGUGACCCUGCGCAAACUGAAGUAUCUCAAUUACAAUCUUGGCCUAGAGACGUCAUAUAUGAUAUGUUCGAAUUAAAAAAACAAACAGUCGAUCUCUUUGUGCUCUUGUCUGAACUCAAGUCAUUUGUUGCACUCAAUCUCACUGCCUUUGCCAAAAUCCUAAAGAAAUAUGACAAGAUUACAAACAAUAACCUCAAGCGCUAUUAUACAUCCACUUACGUAUCAAAGGCUUAUCCUUUUCAAACAGUUACCAAAGCUAGAUUAAAUGAACGCAUACAACAAGCAGAAAGAGCCUAUGCAUUUUUGGCUACAGGAAAUGAUUUGGAUCAAGCCAUUGAGGAGCUCAAGGCACAUUUAAGAGAGCAUAUUGUUUGGGAGCGUAACACUGUUUGGAGAGAUAUGAUAGGACAAGAAAGAAGAACUCAAACUGUUGGUCUAGGCAACGCAAAGCCUGCAUCAGUGCAUACUCCUUUUGGCACUAUCAGUAUAACGCGUGACCAAAUCAUGAGCUACUUGUAUAUGGUCCUUUGUAUUGUGAUAUUUAUUGUCCUGUUGAGGACUGAACUAUUUGAUACGAUUGAACAGAAUCGCUGCCUGGCUAUUCUUGUUUUUGCUAGUAUGUUAUGGGCUGGUGAAGUGAUGCCUUUGUUUGUCACUGCGCUUCUUGUUCCAUUUUUGAUCAUUACAUUACGUGUCAUGCGCUCUGAUGAUGGCCAUUUUACUCGCCUUGGUGCAUCUGAUGCAACAAAGCGAGUGUUUGGUGCCAUGUUCUCUCCUGUCAUCAUGUUAUUGCUAGGAGGCUUUGCUAUCGCUGGUGCCUUGAGCAAGUUUGGUAUUGCUAAAUCAAUGGCUACUUUUGUGCUAUCAAAAGCAGGCACUCGUCCUAACCGUGUUCUCAUUGUAAACAUGAUGGUAGCUACUGUUGCAAGUAUGUGGAUCAGUAAUGUUGCUGCUCCUGUUCUUUGCUUCUCUUUGAUCCAGCCCAUUUUACGUACGUUACCUGUGGAUUCAACAUUUGGUCCUUGUCUGAUCAUUGGUAUUGCACUUGCAUCUAAUUUAGGCGGUAUGGCCUCCCCUAUCUCUUCACCUCAAAACAUCAUUGCUAUUCAAAACAUGGAUCCUGCACCUUCCUGGGCUGAAUGGUUUAUUAUUUCUAUUCCUCUCUGUAUUAUUGGUAAUCUGAUUAUUUGGCUCUGGCUACUUUAUAACUAUGAUCCUGAGAAGCAUACACCUCAAAUCCAUACCAUUCGUGCUAGUUCUGAUCCUAUUACUGGAACUCAAGUCUUUGUUGUCAUUGUCACUUUGAUCACUAUUAUUCUGUGGUGUUUAGCACACUCAUAUGAACAUAUCUUUGGUGAUAUGGGUGUCAUUGCUAUUUUACCCUUGAUUGCUUUCUUUGGUACAGGCCUUUUGACAAAGGAUGACUUUAACAACUUUUUAUGGAAUGUCAUCAUAUUAGCUAUGGGUGGUAUUGCUCUAGGCAAAGCAGUAGAGAGUUCUGGUUUACUCAAGACAAUUGCUUCAGAAAUAGAAACUUUAGUACAGGGGUUCUCUGCUUUUGAAGUGUUAUUUGUCUUUAGUUGCUUAGUGUUGGUGAUUGCUACAUUUAUUAGUCAUACAGUGGCAGCCUUGAUUGUAUUACCCAUUGUUGCUGAAGUAGGUUCUCAACUUGCUGAUCCUCAACCUAGAAUGCUUGUGAUGGGUACUGCUUUUGUUUGUUCUGCUGCAAUGGGUCUACCUGUAUCUGGCUUCCCAAAUAUGAAUGCUAUCUCCCAAGAAAACGAACUUGGAAAACCAUAUCUAUCAACUAAAGACUUUUUAAUCAAUGGUGUGCCAUCUAGUGUGUUUGCCAUGCUAUGUAUCGCAACUAUUGGUUAUGGUUUGAUGGUACUUAUUGGGUUCUAGAUCAAAUUUCUUUAGAAUAAAAUAUACUAUUUAUUUAGGAAGCAAUCUCUUCCAAAAAAGUUUU